UCUCAGUCUACAAACUAAGCUCUUUCGGGAGCAGUCGUCAAACAGUAAAUAGACGGCGGGCAUGUCACAUACAAUAAAGACACCCCCCACAAUAUAGAGGCAAAUAAUAAAACGUAAAUCAACAAAACAACAAUAACGACAUCUUAUCAUCAAAACAAAAAAAAUCGGCAUGUAUUUUGAAGAUGAUUAGACGGUAGAUAGCUUAUGAAGUAACAAAUUGCGUGUAGGAUUUUUUUCAUAUCUAAAUAUCAGUUAAUGGUAUAUUUUCUGUGUGUGUUUCUGUCAACGUAUAGCGUUCAGAGAGGCACUGACCAUCAAACUGAACAAACACACAAUAAAUAGGAUGUCUUCCCUACUACAGAAGGCUCUUCAAACAGCCACCAUUACAGCCGGUAAAUGCAAUGCCUUAACUCAUAUUGUAAAAUCGGAAAAUAUAUUUGUACGUUAUAAAUCAACAACAAGUGCCCAACCUGUUCCUGCUUUCGAAACAUCUACAGAUUCCACUGGAAACAAUAGAAAACAACAACAGAUAGCGGCCAAUGUUUCUCCUGCCUCAGCCCUGACAGAUACAUUUGGGCGAUAUCACACAUAUUUACGUAUUUCCCUAAGCGAACGUUGUAAUUUGAGAUGCAAAUACUGUAUGCCCGCCGAGGGUGUUACCCUGCAGCCCAAAAACAACCUAUUGACAAAUGAUGAGAUUUACUAUCUGGCACGUAUUUUCGUAGAACAAGGUGUCAGAAAAAUACGUCUAACAGGAGGCGAACCUACGGUACGCAGAGAUAUUGUUGACAUCAUAGCAAAACUAAAGGAGUUACCAAAAUUGGAAAAUGUUGGAAUUACAACAAAUGGCUUGGUAUUGACACGACUACUAGUUCCAUUACAAAGAGCUGGUUUGGAUGCCCUCAACAUCAGCUUGGACACAUUAAGACCGCAACGUUUUGAAGAAAUAACACGUCGUAAAGGUUGGGAAAGAGUUAUUGCUGGCAUAGAUUUGGCCAUACAACUGGGUUAUAAACCCAAAGUCAAUUGUGUUCUCAUGAAGAAUUUCAAUGAAGAUGAAAUUUGUGAUUUUAUUGAAUUCACUCGAGAUCGAAAUGUGGACGUUCGUUUUAUAGAGUAUAUGCCAUUUAUGGGUAAUAAAUGGCAAACGGAUAAAUUAUUAUCGUUUAAUGAAACACUGAAAAUAAUUCGUGAAAAAUGGCCCGAGUUUGAAGCUUUACCAAAUGGACCGAACGACACGUCGAAAGCCUACAAAGUUCCAGGUUAUAAGGGGCAAGUUGGCUUUAUAACAUCAAUGACAGAACAUUUUUGUGGAUCAUGCAAUCGUUUGCGUUUGACAGCCGAUGGCAAUUUAAAAGUAUGCCUGUUUGGUAACAAAGAAAUUUCCCUGCGCGAUGCUUUAAGAAGUAAAUGUUCCGAAGAUGAUUUGGUGGCCCUAAUUUCGGCAGCUGUAAAGAGGAAGAAGAAACAACAUGCAGGUCGUCAUCAAAUUUUUAACAAACCACCAACAGAUAUAUUCAAAUUCCAAAAAUUGAACAAUUUUAUUACACCUGCAUAUGUUUUAAGCAGAUAUUUUGCAAAACCUCAACAAAUUCGUUUCUAUAGUUCAAAUGGCAAACAAUUGACCCAUAUCGAUAAAACCGGUAAAGCAUCGAUGGUAGAUGUUUCGGAAAAACCCAACACAACACGAACGGCUAUUGCCAGAGCAAAUAUAUACGUUGGAUCUGAAGUAGCUCAACUGAUACAUUCUAAUAAUUUAAAGAAGGGCGAUGUCCUUAGUGUGUCUCAAUUGGCCGGAAUAAUGGCGGCUAAGAAAACAUCAGAUCUAAUUCCUUUGUGCCACAAUAUCACAAUUUCAUCCGUAAAAGUUAAUGCUGUCUUAGAUUUAGAUAAUGAAAUGGUAACACUGGAAGCCAGUGUACGUUGUACCGGUCAAACAGGCGUGGAAAUGGAAGCUUUAACUGCGGUCUCAGUAGCUGCCCUUACUGUCUACGAUAUGUGCAAAGCUGUUACCCAUGACAUGAUAAUAAAGGACAUACAUUUGGUUUCGAAAUCUGGCGGUCAAAGGGGUGAUUUUCAACGAUUGUAAUUGAAUAAUUUGUAAAUAUUAGAUAGAAAGAAAUAUCUGUGUGUAGAUUGGAAUAUAUAUGGUAGCUAUAGUUAUACACACUGCCAAGAUUUCUUGGUUUUUAUAAUUAUCUUUAAAAUUGUUGACAUUGCGGCAAUAAAAACCUUUUAAAGGUCAA